GGAGCCCCGGUUGCUGACUGGCAACUACGGUGACAAUUACGGCUUGACCACGACGGAAACCAGCAGCAUCAGUAGCAGCACUUUGAGCGUAAGCAGCAGCACAACGGAUACCGCCACGACGGUAAGCAGCAGCACUCUCAGUAGCAUCACUGCAACCAGCAGCACCAUUGUUGCCAGCACGACGGGAACCAGCAGUACCAGCAGUAGUAGCAGUAGCGUAAGCAGCACCACCACUGACACCGCCACGACUGGAAGCACCAGUGCCACUCGAAGCAGCACCACGGCAACCAGCAGUACCAUUGUUACCAGCACGACGGGAACCAGUAGCAAAAGUACGAGCGAGAGCAGCACAUUCACGUCAAGCAGCGCAACGGUCAGUGCAUCGGUGACGAGUAGUAUUAGCAGUACGUCUCAGACGAGCGACAGCGUGACCUCGAGCGCCACGGGCACGACCAGUACGGGCACGAGCACGAGCUUGAGCAGUGCGACGUCGAGUGCAACAGAGUCGGGCAGCACGACGGCAUCUUCUACCACGGGGACUUCCAGUGCGUCGUUUUCUAGUAGUACGUCUCAAACGAGCACCAGUAGGACUUCGAGCAUCACAGCCACGACUCGAACGGGCACGAGCACGAGCACGGCGACGUCAAGCAGUACAAUUUCGAGUGCAACAGAGUCUAGCACGACGGCAUAUUCGACCACUGGGACUUUCAGCGCGACGUCCAGCAGUGCGACCUCGAGCAGCACGGUCACGACCAGUACGGUUUCGAGCAGUGCGACGUCCACGGCCACUUCCACGGUGAGCUCCACGACGACAUCGAGCAGCAGCGUGAGCGUGGCCGAGACGAGCAGCGCAACGUCGAGCAGUACGAUUUCGAGUGCGACACAGUCGAGCAGCACCACGCCAGCCAGCACUACGGUGAGCAGCGGCACGACGCUGACGGAUACGACAGGGUCAUUCAAUACCACGCUGACCGAGACGAGUUCUUCGACGGUCAGUGCGAGCGGCACGAGCAGCACGACGGCCAGCUCGAGCGUGACCAGCAGCACAACUGCAUUGUCCACCACCUUGACUUCCAGUGCAUCGUUGUCUAGCAGUACGUCUCAGACGACCCGCAGUGCGACCUCGAGCAGCACGGUCACGACCAGUACGGUUUCGAGCAGUGCGACGUCCACGGCCACUUCCACGGUGAGCUCCACGACGACAUCGAGCAGCAGCGUGAGCGUAGUCGAGACAAGCAGCGCAACGUCGAGCAGUACGAUUUCGAGUGCGACACAGUCGAGCAGCACCACGCCGGCCAGCACGACGGUGAGCAGCGGCACGACGCUGACGGAUACGACAGGGUCAUUCAAUACCACGUUGACCAAGACGAGUUCUUCGACGGUCAGUGCGAGCGGCACCAGCAGCACGACGGCCAGCUCGAGCGUGACCAGCAGCACAACUGCAUCGUCCACCACCUUGACUUCCAGUGCAUCGUUGUCUAGCAGUACGUCUCAGACGACCAGCAGUGCGACCUCGAGCAGCACGGUCACGACCAGUACGGUUUCGAGCAGUGCGACGUCCACGGCCACUUCCACGGUGAGCUCCACGACGACAUCGAGCAGCAGCGUGAGCGUGGUCGAGACGAGCAGCGCAACGUCGAGCAGUACGAUUUCGAGUGCGACACAGUCGAGCAGCACCACGCAGGCCAGCACUACGGUGAGCAGCGGCACGACGCUGACGGAUACGACAGGGUCAUUCAAUACCACGCUGACCGAGACGAGUUCUUCGACGGUCAGUGCGAGCGGCACCAGCAGCACGACGGCCAGCUCGAGCGUGACCAGCAGCACAACUGCAUCGUCCACCACCUUGACUUCCAGUGCAUCGUUGUCUAGCAGUACGUCUCAGACGACCAGCAGUGCGACCUCGAGCAGCACGGUCACGACCUUCGUAACCACGACAGAAACGAGUAGCACCAGUGACAGCAGCACGACAGCGAGCUCAAUUAUUAGCUUGACCACGUCAAGCGGGACCACCACCACGACUGUGACCUCUACAGCGACUACCACGUCGGGUACAAGCAGCACGACUAUGAGUUCAAGUACAAGCUUGACCACGUCAAGCGGGACCAGCACCACCACUGUAACCACUACAGCGACCACCACGUCGGGCACCAGCAGCACGACUGUGAGUUCAAGUACAAGCUCGACCACGUCAAGCGGGACGAGCACUACAACUGCGACCACCUCAUCGAGCACCACGUCAGAGACCACCACGUCGGGUACCAGCAGCACGACUAUGAGUUCAAGUACAAGCUUGACCACGUCAAGCGGGACGAGCACUUCAACUGCGACCAGCUCAUCGAGCACCACGUCAGAGACCACCACGUCGGGCACCAGCAGCACGAGUUUGAGUUCAAGUACAAGUUUGACCACGUCAAGUGGGACCAGCACCACCACUGUGACCACUACAGCCGACUACCACGUCGGGUACCAGCAGCACGACUGUGAGUUCAAGUACAAGCUUGACAACGUCAAGCGGGACUAGCACCACCACGGUGACCUCUACAGUGACUACCACGUCGGGUACCAGCAGUACGACUGUGAGUUCUAGUACAAGCUUGACCACGUCAAGCGGGACCAGUACCACCACUGUAACCACUACAGCGACCACCACGUCGGGCACCAGUAGCACGACUGUAAGUUCAAGUACAAGCUUGACCACGUCGAGCGGGACCAGUACCACCACUGUAACCACUACAGCGACCACCACGUCGGGUACCAGCAGCACGACUGUAAGUUCAAGUACAAGCUUGACCACGUCAAGCGGGACCAGCACCACCACUGUGACAACCAGUGACACCAGCACAACUACUGCGACCACGUCAAGGACGAGCACCACUUCGGUCACG